CGGGAAGACAUAACGGGUUGUUCUCGUUCCUGUUUUUUUUAUUUAAAUUAUUCGACCCGACGAGCUUUUAUUCGUGACUUAUUCAUGUUUAAAAUAAUAUAAGCCUAAUCAUAAGUGAUUAAAUAUAUUCGCAACAUAAUGAUAAUACCCUGUGGUUAAAAAAUCGUUUAACAAGUUGGUGAAUGUUCUUAAUGGCGGCUGAGUGUCAGUGUACUAAAUACAAAAUGUUUGUGUAGUGUGUGCUCAAACCUAUUGGAUUAUUACGGUGUGAUGCCAGUUAGCACUGGGCGGGCGCGGCUCGGGCGCUCGGCGCGGUGAUGUCGGGCUCCUGAUGAGCCGGCUCCUCUGCUGCCUGCGCGCGCGCCGCCCCGACAUGGGCGCCGCUCUCUCGCACCCCCAGGACGGCGACCCGUGUGACGGCGGAGCGCCCGCGUCUCCACCCACAAUGGCCGAUGUCAUAAGGGAGCGUAAGAAGAAGGCGGGCGGCGCGGGGCUGGGCACGCUGCGGAGACGGAUCGCCGCCGCGGCGAGGCGGCCGAGGGACGCGCGACCCGACAGAGGAUGCGAGCACGCCCGCUUCAUCCGCUCCGUGGUGAGCUCGUGGCGGCUGGCGGAGGUGUUCCUGCUGUGCGAGGAGCUGGAGGCGGGCGCGGCGCUGCGGGACCUCGCCACGCAGGCCGAGCUGGCGCGCGAGCCCGCGCCCGCGCUGCACGCCGACCUCGCGCGCCUCUACCGCGACCGGUGGUGGUGCGACGUGGAGGUGGUGGGCGCGGGGUGGUCGCUGCCGGCUCACAGGGUGAUACUCGCGGCGCGUUGCACCUACUUUCGGGACCUGCUGAUGAGAUACCCGAACUCGUGCCGCGUCCCGCUGGAGGGCGUGGGCGGCGCGCUGGCCCGCGACGAGGUGGAGGCGUGCGUGCUGGCGCUGUACGCCGGGCCCGCCGCGCCCGCGCCGCGCUGCGACGCCUGCGCCAAGUGGGAGAGGGGGUUGAACUCGGAAGCUGAACUGGAUAUCAUCAGUGUUGAAAACUCGACGCUGCGGCGCGGCUGCUCGUGCGGGCGCUCGCGCGUGGACGCGCCCCGCCUGCGCCGCCUCGCCGACCUGCUCGGGUUCGCGCCCGACGCGCUGCACCGCGACAUGCGCUACCUGCUCGACUCGGGUGAGCUCUGCGACGCUCGUUUGUCGUGGGUGGUGGAGGGCAGUGGUGGGGGUGGGAACUCCUAUGGGUUCCGUAGUGCAUUGGAGUUGCCAUGCCAUCGUCUGCUGCUGGCUGCUAGGUCGAGGUUCUUCAGGAGCGUGAUGUCGCGGCGGGGCGGCGCGGGGGGCGCGGGCGGCGCGGUGUGCGUGGAUGAGAAGGUGCUGCCGCGCCGGUUCGCGCGCGCGCUGCUGCACGCCGCCUACACCGACCAGGUGGAUCUCACGCUGAUCGGAAGGAACUCGUCGUCUCCGUCGUCCACCGGCAGCGGCACCAACGGCGGCACCCUCCGAGGAAACGGUCCGAGAGGGUCGUCUAUACAGAUGUUGGACGACGCGUUUCAACUGUACGAGAUAGCGAGGUUCCUGGAGAUGCCGAUCGUGGCGCAGGGCUGCGAGGACGCGGCGGCGCGCGCGCUGUCGGCCGACACGCUGCCGCACGCGCUGCGCUGGGCCGCCGCGCCGCACGCGUCCGCCUGGCUGCACCGUCAGGCGAUGCGCUACCUGCGCGACGAGUUCCCGGCGGUGAUGGCGGCGAGCGCGGCGGCGCGGCUGCCGCACGGCGCGCUGUGCGCGGCGCUGGCGUCGCCCUUCCUGCAGGCCAGCGAGGCGCAGGCGCUGCGGGCGCUGCUGCGCUGGGCCGAGCGCGCCGCGCAACCGCCCCGGCCCAGCCAGCUUACCAACGAGCCCAACCUGGUGUGGCAUACGACGCACGCGCGUCGCGGCGCCCGCGGCCGGCGCGCCCCGCCCGACGCUGCGCUGCGCGAGGCGCUGCAGGACCUGCUGCCGCUGCUGCGCCUCGAGCACCUGCCGCCCGACUGCGACGUGCUGCAGCAGGCCAUCCGUCGCGGCAUCGUGUCGGCGCCGGCGGUGUCGGAGCGCGGCUCGGCGGACGCGUGGCUCGGUCGCGGCGCCUUCCGUCCGCCGCGCUGCUUCCUGCCCUACCUCGACGAGAUCAAGGCCCUGCUCGAGGACCAGUCGCUGCCCGAGGCGGAGCUGGCGCGAGCUCGUCUGCGUCUCGCGCAGCGCAUUCCGGACACGCUGUAUAUGGUGGCGGCGGCGCGACGGCAACAUGACGCGGAUGGCGCGCACGCGGUGUCGGACGGCGCGCGCGCGUGCGUGUCUGCGCGCACGCUGAGCGCGCUGCGCGCCCGCGCCGCCGAGCUGCGCGCCGCGCCGCCCGCGCUGCGCGCCCUGCGCCUGCACGCGCCCGACACGGCGCUCGUGCGCCGGCAGAUAGCACUGCGUGCGGUCCGUGAGAUGUCGCUACCGGACUCGUGCGCAGAGCUGCUGCUGAGUGAAAGCGACGCGCCCGAAGACAGGGAGGGCGGCGCGGAGUGGGAGGGGCGAGCCAACACGUCCGCCUCGCGCAGCGACGUCGACGACGACUGCUGCAGAUCCGGUUCGGGAUCGCUGCGCUGCGCUUCCGGUGGUGCCUCGACGAACGCUUCACUAGAUAACCAACGUGCUGGUACUUGUCGACGAGAACUUCCCGCCAGACCUUUGGAAACCCACCACAGGAGCGGCAGCUGGUCUCGCGCGCGCCUGUCGGCCGCCGUGCCCGACGUGGCGAUGGCGCCCAACGCGAACACGCACCUGCUCACCGCGCGGGACUACCCGCACCCCCACCCCCACCCGCACCCGCACCCCGCGCACCCGCACCCCGCACAUCAGGCGCUGCAUGGAGCAGAGCUGGUGGGUGUGUUGCAGCUGGACCUGGGCGACGGCGCUACGCACACGCCCCGACCUGGUUCCCGCGCCCAGCGUGCCGCCAGACAGCACCGGGAGCACUCGCAGAGCGGCUGUGCGCGGCGAGACUCGGACGAGCUGCGCGCAGCCAUCGAGCUGUCCGUCAUGCGAGCAUACUCGUCGCUCCAAGUGGCGAGACGCGGGCCCUCCCAUAUCGCUGAUCUCCUCCCGCCGCCAGACUUCGCGGCGGUCCGGAGCCGCGCCCCGCCGAGCCCGCCCGCGCCGCCCGCGCCGCCCGCGCCGCCCGCCGCGCGCGCCCGCGUGACCGCUACGAGUAGCUCGGACGGUAGGCGCGGGUGCUCCGUCCCGGGACCGAGUGGGGUCGGGACUGGCUCGGGCGGGGCGAGCGGGACGGCCGGGACGAUCGGCGGGUCUGGCGGGACGCUGAGCGCGGCACGGAGUAGUGCGAGUCGUAGUCCGAGCCCGAGACGGAGUCCGUAUCCCUUGUACACGUUGUAUGCACAGCGGGACUACAGCCGGUCGGAGAGCUACGGACGGUCGAGUCGGAGCCGCGGACACAGCCCUGCGUACGCGUGACCACCGACCUCGCACGAUGGAGUCUAACAGGGCAGACUGACAAAUCCGUGUAAUGGAACGUCUCGUGUAGUUCGUAGUGUAAUGUCUAUGAUCUCAGCCCGUCGCGUGUUGAUGAACGGGACGCACAGCGCCGUCUGACAACAACAGCAACAACAUCAACAACGACAACAACGAAUACUCAAUAUUGUACACCAAUUUCAAUAGUUAAAUAAACAAUGCAAUGUCUGGAACGGAGGCCUGUAAGCAGACCAUGCCUUAAUUGGUGCAUCAGUGCUUUGUGCUGUCCAUUGGAUUGAAGGCUUCAUCGCUAGAGACUUAUCUAGGCCUUUGGGUUUAUAAUGAGAUUAGACACUAAGCAAUGUUUAUAUUUAUAAUAUAUUGGGGUAACCGUUUUGACUAAUUUCCGCCCGUGUCUUCGCCCGCUUAGAUGUUAGAUUAUGUUAGAUCGUUUGUGUAAUUAAGCCCUGAAAGCGCAACACAUUUAAUUUAGCAUAUUCUUUAUAAUAAAUAUAUAAUGAAUGAAAAUCGCUUAGGGAUUUUCGAAAUUUCCCCAAUAUUUUUUAUUAUUCAAUGAAAAAUACAAAUUAAACUCCGGGGUGUACUUAGACUAGCUUUGACCUAGUCCUCUGGUAUGUAGAUUAUACUGGGAAGAAUCGGUAAGAAACUUAGUAAUAUUCAGUUGCCCCAAUAUUUAUCAUUUAGGAGACUAUCAGAUGCCGUUAUUCUCUCUUCAAACCGUGUCUUAUGUUUAUAAAAACACAGGCCAGAAUCGAACCUGCUACUUUCAUAUAAUUAUGUAUAAUCAAGCCAAUAAAUGAAAAAAGUGUAUCAUAUACAUUUUUUUAAUGGAUUUUGUUAAGAAAAAAACCGAUUACAAAUAUUUACCAUAAUUUGCGUUUCAAAUAAAAACUUAACAAUGUGAAAUUGUAACGGGACCACCUUGGAGCCACUGAACUUAACACAAAAAUAAUCCGAAUUGGUUCAUGAACUUAAUUGAUACAAACAUACAUACAAACGAACCUAGUACCUCAUCCUUUUUUGAAGUCGGUUAAGAGUAUAAUUUGUAUAUCCAUUACAAUCCUGUAACUUUAUUUUUUUUUAUUUCUAAACAGUUCUCGACGUGAAACUUCGUACGUAACGUUUGCGUGCAACGUUUAUGCCGAAAAAUGGUUGCACUUAUAAGAUUUUCUAUUUGUGAAUAUAAAUUCUCUUACGUUUUAGUAAAAGCGAGAACACGGCGACGGAUACGGUGUACGGCAAUGUUAAACUAUAAAUAUUGUAAAUAAAUUGUAUAGUUAUGAAAUUGUAUGAUAAUAUUAAUUAAGCGAUUAUAAUCCUUAAUUAUAUGUAAUAUAAGAUUCAUUAUUGAAUAAUUGUUGACUUGUUUCGUUAAUCAAUUCAAGUAUCAUAAAUAAUUCCGCAUUUAAAAUUGUAAUAAAUACUUUUU